CUAGAAAAGCCACUCCUUCCUUCACCUGUGGAGUGCUCGCUAGCUCUGAGCCAGGCAAAGGGCUGCCUCGCAUCUCUCCUUCCAGCCUCCCUGCUCACGGGUCCCCGCUCAUGCUUUGUGCCUGACCCCUGUUGCUCCGUGGCAUUUGCAAUGGCCGAGGACAAAACUUUCCGCUAUGGACUCAUAAUGCUGGGCUUCUUCCUGGUGAUGAUUGGGAUGUUUAUCAUGAGCACAGACAAGCCCCAGGUCUACAUCACCUUCUGCACCCUGGGGGUCCUGAUCAUAGCCGUGGGGAUCACCUGGAGCAUGUGUCAGUGCUACCCCAAGGUAACCUUUGCUCCCAUAGAUGCUGAGGCUGAGAAGUUCGUGUCCCACAAGCCUGCUGUUUUGAUAGAAAAUGAAAUUCCAGAGAAGAACUGCUCCCAAACUCCCUACACCAGCCAGGAGGAAGCCAAAGUCUAUGAGAAGAGCCUGCCAUCUUAUGACCAGAUCCAAAUGAAAAUAGAAGGGUCUGCAGAAGACCAGGAGGUUCAAUGUGCCCCAGCCCCGUCUGGGUCCAAGCUCAGGACAGGAGCACGUACCCAGCCCACGGUACAAGCCAAAGCAGAAGUCCACAGAGACUCAGGGAGCGAUGGAAAAACCUACAAAGACCCAGCAGCUCAGAUGGAAACAGCAAUGGCCAGCCGCCAGCUGGAGAAGCCCCGCGGUGAGGCACCAUUGGCUUCCUUCCAGGAAGACACCGAGCUUUCCUCUUCCGAGGGCUCCCCCUCCAGCCACCUGUCUCUGCAGGGACGCGGUAGCUCACAGAGGGAUCAGCCCCCAUUGAAGUGUCCGACCAAGAAACCCAGUGCUGAGCUGCCUUCCUAUGAAGAUUUUGCCUCGAUUGAUUCAUCUGUGGGAGAAGGGCAGGAGCCAGGCCAGGAACACCCAGUGGCCCCAGCACAGAGCCACCCAUCUUCUAUUCCCCCACCAAGAGGUUGUGCAGCGGGUGCAGGUCCUGUCUCAAAGCUGUCAGGGCCAAGAGCGAUCCAGAGCAGGGAAGAGGAGGAUGAUCUGUAUUACGGGGUAAAAGAGGGGCUGGACGGUUUACUUAUGGCUGAUGAUGAUUCCAUCUUUGAGCCUGAGACCUAACCGUGAGGGACCAUCAGAGAUGGACCCAUGUUGCAAAACUCAAGGGCUGGUCCGUAUCCCAGUCCAGCUCCAUUCACGUCUAGGAAUCUGGUUCGGGGAGCUGGGCGGUGAAGGCCAGCUGCAAAGUCUGGAGUGUGUGACUGGGGGGGAAGAGGGCCUGGGUCAGGCUUGACUCCAUUAAAAUGUUUUCAGUAACCUU